AUGAGCGCAUUAACUAAAACUUGCACUGUCAAAGGUUGCUGCAUAGAAGAAAUUGUGUUAACUACAUCUGUUGCAGCAGCAGCAACCGCAUUUCCCUUGAUUACUGUAGCGCAAGAAGUAUGUAGAACAGCCUAUUGGUUACCCAGAAGUCUCGUUCGAAUUGCUAGCGACAUCUGGUCUCAUGUACAAUCAAGGCCACGAAUUCCAACUUGGGACAUCCAGACAACGAUCAUAAUCGGUUUCAUGCAAGCCUUUAGAAGCAACAACGCGUCGUGCAGCAUUGCAUAUUGGCGCUUAUGCACCGACUCAGUAAGGAUUUUCGGUUUGAUCAAAACCGCGUCAAUUGAGCCCAUCUCGGUACCUAUCCGUCCAAGAGGACUAUGUGGAAUAUUGAAGAAAAUGGAUGAAGAAGAGAAGAAUGAUAGAACUCUUUAUGCUGAAUGGGUAUCUGCCAUUCUACCUAAUAUAUCAAAUUACUAUGGAACUGAGAACGAAAAAAUCGUCCUCUACUUUCACGGGGGCGGUUACUGUAUGAUGAGCGCCCAAACUCAUAGAGUACUCACAACCAAGAUCAGCCAGGCAACAGGCCGACGCGUGCUAGCUGUCAAUUAUCGGUUGGCACCAGAAACCAAGUUUCCAGGAGCACUGUACGAUGCAGUUCAGACGUUCCUGUGGUUAAUUAGCAAGGAAGGAGGGUUCAAGGCUGAGAAUAUAUCUGUUAUGGGUGAUUCUGCUGGAGGAGGACUUUGUUUGUCAUCGAUGCUUUAUCUUCGAGAUCAUGGGUUGCCCCUACCAGAAUCUGCCGUUUUAUUAUCACCAUUUGUUGACCUGACCUAUUCGUACUCCAGCUGGGAUGACUGCGUCAUGUAUGAUUAUUUGGCACCUAGACCGAACCAUGAAAUGACAGUAAAUCCCCUAGUACUUUAUCUGGAGUCACCUGAUUUUGCAACGCACCCAUAUGUUUCCCCGAUCUAUGCGGACCACUUUGAUCAUUUACCACCGAUCCUUAUCCAGUCAGGAGGUUGUGAAUCCUUACGUGAUGAAAUUGUCGCCCUGGAAAAUAAAAUUUCAAAGUCAAAGACUACAAAAGUACGGCACGAAGUCUACAAGGAUAUGAUGCACGUAUUUCAAGCUUUCCCCUUUGCCAAAUCUGCAGAAGCCAUUGAGAAUAUCGGACAGUGGACAAGAAUUAACUUUUUAAAAUAA